AUGUCACAGACAACAUCAGUGACCCGGCUGGCUCGUCUGGUGGCCGGGAAAACGACGGGCGACAGACGCGACAUUUUCCGCGACUCGGUGCGCGUUUUCGGCGUUGUUCAGUCGCAUGAAUUCGACACUCUACGGCUCAAGGAGGUGCCAGAGCUGCACGCGUUGAUGAAGGCCCAAAAGCUGCGCCAGGGCAUCGAAGACAAACGUCCCGAGGCAGUGGUGACCCUGAGCAUGGCUAAGAGCGGUCUGCACGAACAUCUCAUGGAAGGAACCAUGAUCAUGGUGUACAUUGUGAUCCCUAGACACAUGGUGGUGGACAAUGAAGAGGACUACGGAUUGCCACCCUCGUAUGUCAACAUUGAUGUCGUGGCGGUGAACGUGCUGAGCCAAAUGGGAAUCUCGCCGCAGCAGGCAGAUGUCAUGCUCAAACUGGUUAGACAGGAGGCCCUCAGAUUGGGACAGGAAAGUUGA